UGGUUUUUGACUCUGAUAAUGGCAGAUUUAAGUGAUAUGACGCUUGAGAAGUUUAAAUUAUGGUCCACGAACGCCUUACGGGUGUUUUUAUCAAUGAGAAAUAAAUCGAUCAAAGGAAAUUUUGACGAAAUAGCCGCAAGGUAAGUCAAAACUGACAAGCGAGUUUACGAUGUCUAUAUGUAUAACUACUUUAAGUACACACCAGUUCUGUGUGGUUUAAUAACGUCAUUUUAUGAUGUUUUAAACAUAGUGUAAUUAUGUCUUACCGAACUGAAUGUAUGCAAGAUAAAUCUGAAUGACUGAAUACUUCAAAUAUUGGAGUUUUAGCAUGCCGUCGGAGGAAUGCCUACAUGUACAUUGUACUGUAUAUAUUGGGAGUCUGGACAUGUAUGCUAGCCUUUUGUUGCUGGGAGGAGAACAUUACGGUGGAUGUGAGUGCAGAGCAGGAGCAAAGACGUUUGCUUGCGGAAUAUCAAGGAAAGCUAGUGGUAGAAGGGGAAAUUAUACUCGAUCCGAUCUCGAUCAAAAAUGGUUGGUUGACGGAAAAGCUUGGUCGUCCUAAAUGGCCAUCCGUAUAUAUCACUGACAUUUCUGACUAUUUAAACACCAAAAACCCAGAAACAUUAAUGAAACGUUUGCUGAAUGAAUAUAAAGAAGGCAAAGCGUACAGGUACUUUUCAAGUGAGUGGGUAAAAGAAGUACAUUAUCAUGACUUAGGUGAACAUUCUGACAAAUGCAUUAUCAAAUCAAAGGUCACUCCAUCUCAAGCAGUGAAUAACAAAGCAUACGAUGUAUGGAUAGUGAUACGAAAGGACAAGAACACUGUACCAGGCGGUCAAAUUUUAAAUGCGUAUUGUUCAUGUACAGCUGGCAUGAUGGGUUCGUGCAACCAUAUUGCCGGUGUCCUUUUCAGAAUGGAAUAUGCUGUCAAGACAGGAAUGACGCGUCCAACCUCUACAAGCAAAGCCUGUGAAUGGACUGUUCCAAAAAAGAAAACCACCGUAAAAAUGGGAAAAGCGAGAGAUUUUACAUGGAAGAAAGCAAAAUACACACAACUACCACGCAACAAAGACAAAGAAAAUGAGACUAAUAUAAAAAAACUUAACUUCACACCAUUGAAUAAGAGCCAACAAAACAAAGUUGAAGACGGUGAAAAGUUAAGGAAUGAAUUGAAAGAACUGUUAGCCGAAGAUAUGCCAAACUCGUGCUUCAUGCUUCUUAUGAAUAAGAAAAAGUUAAAAAAUCCAUCUGAAGCUGAAAAUGUUAAAUUAAAAUUACCACCAACUAUAAAUGAAUUAAGCAAAAGAGUGGAAUCUCUAGAUAUUCCUGAAUGUGCAAAACAAGCUGAAUUUAAAAAACAGAUGUGUGUCACGCAAGAUGAGAUUGACUCUUUGAAUCGAGACACAGUAUCGCAAAGUAAGUCUGAGUCAUGGAAGGAGCACCGCAGAGGUCGUGUCACCGCAAGCAAUUUUCACAGAAUAUGUAAGCGCGCUUCGUCUCUGAAAAAAGAUUCCUCCGAGGACCCAACAUCUGUGAUAAAACUUGUAAUGGGAACAACUGAGGGCAUCCAAACCCAUGCUAUGAAGCACGGUAUUUCUUUGGAACCGGUUGCGAAAAGAAAUUACCAGGUUGAAAUGAAGAAGGUUCAUAAAAGGUUCCAGUCGUCAGACUCUGGGAUAAUUUUAGACAAGGAUCGGCCAUUCAUGGCAGCUUCGCCAGACUUAUUCGUGUCCUGUGUUUGUUGCGGGAUGGCCUUUGUGAAGUCAAAUGCCCAGAGUCUAUUAAAGACCAACAACCAUCAGCCGACAAUGUCCCUUACCUUAUCGUUAAAGACGGUGUAAUGUCCUUAAAAAGAAACCAUCCCUAUUUUUACCAAGUUCAAGGACAGAUGGGUAUAACUAAAAGGAACUUUUGUGACUUGUA